UCACCGCAGUGACAAAUCCGCUCCCGCCCGCCUCCGUCGAGCCUCUACCGAGCCGGGCGGCGCCGGGAAGCGCUGCCGCGCGGCUUUGCACCGCCUGCCCGUCCGCCGCGGAGCCCCUCAGCCCCAGCCCCUGGCGGCGCCACAGCAGGGAGCGGCGAGGGGCGCGAUGGAGGCUCCGCGCUUGGCGCACACCAUGAGCAGCCCCACUAGCCCCUGUGAGGAGGUGAUCAAGAACCUGAGCCUGGAGGCGAUUCAGCUCUGCGAUAGGGACGGGAAUAAAUCACAAGAUAGUGGGAUUGCAGAGAUGGAGGAACUUCCAGUUCCACACAACAUCAAAAUAAGUAACAUCACGUGUGACUCCUUCAAGAUUUGUUGGGACAUGGAUGCUAAAUCCAAGGACCGCAUUACUCAUUACUUCAUCGAUCUCAACAAGAAAGAAAACAAGAAUUCCAACAAAUUUAAGCACAAGGAUGUACCCACUAAACUGGUGGCCAAAGCUGUUCCCUUGCCUAUGACAGUCCGCGGGCACUGGUUCCUGAGCCCAAGAACAGAGUACACAGUGGCAGUGCAGACAGCGUCAAAGCAAGUGGAUGGUGAUUACGUUGUUUCUGAGUGGAGUGAAAUCAUCGAGUUCUGCACAGCAGACUAUUCAAAAGUUCACCUAACACAGCUAUUGGAAAAAGCUGAAGUGAUUGCAGGCCGUAUGCUCAAGCUGUCUGUUUUUUAUCGGAAUCAGCACAAAGAAUAUUUUGACUAUAUCAGCGAGCACCACGGGAACGCUAUGCAGCCCUCUGUUAAGGAUAACAGUGGCAGCCAUGGCUCUCCGAUCAGCGGGAAGCUGGAAGGCAUCUUCUUCAGCUGCAACACUGAGUUUAACACUGGGAAGCCACCACAAGAUUCACCUUACGGAAGAUACAGGUUUGAGAUUGCAGCUGAAAAACUCUUCAACCCAAAUACUAACUUGUACUUUGGAGACUUCUACUGCAUGUACACAGCCUACCACUACGUCAUUCUCGUCAUUGCCCCCGUUGGCUCACCAGGGGACGAAUUCUGCAAGCAGCGCCUUCCUCAGCUAAAUAUAAAAGAGAAUAAAUUCCUGACCUGCGCCGAAGAAGAUGGUGUCAUGGUUUACCAUCAUGCCCAGGAUGUUAUUUUGGAAGUAAUUUACACUGAUCCUGUGGAUCUCUCCCUUGGCACAGUUGCAGAAAUUACCGGUCACCAACUCAUGAGCCUGUCUACUGCAAACGCAAAGAAAGAUCCCAGCUGCAAGACCUGCAAUAUCAGUGUUGGACGUUGAAACUUCCCUCCUUACCUCCUUAGGAGCCUUCAAACCUCUGUUGCCCAUUUCCAUAGUCAGACAUUUUUGUCAGAAGCAUGCACAUGCCGCUAUCACCAAAAGCAAACACAAAGUCUUCAGAAUCUCCAAUAGAGUUUUUAGUAUUUCUUCUCUCCCUCUUCCCCUCCUGUUCCCUUGAUGCUUUAAAUGAUUAGAAGUCCUGGAUUUCUCUCUGGCAACCAUUUAUACCUAGAUGCUGCAACGAUUGUCUUCUGUUUCUUGCCAAACAUAACAAAACCCUAUAUAAACUGCUUUAGCAAGAUAAAAAUAACGGCUUAUCAAUGGUGUUUAAAUAUGCGUUCGUUUUAACUACUGAGCAAGUACUGAGGUAACUAAACAGCAUGAAAGGUUGUAAUUGCAGCAUGAUUUGAAUUUCAGAGCCUAGAAAACGUCAGCACUUCCAACGUGUUGUUUGACAGUGUUAUUUAUGUUAUUUAUAUUAGCUAACUGAAAACAGAAACUGUGUCUCGACAUAAUAAAUAUAAUAGAAAAAUA